UAAGAUAAUUGCAUCAAAUACCAGAUAGUCGCUCCUAAUCCACUAUAAAGGCAGACGUCUUAAAUGUUAUUGCUUUUUAUAAAUAUACAGAUAUUAAACUUUUAUCAGUUUUAAAAAAUCGUAAUUCUGCUCUAAAAAUAGGUAUUUUUAAAAAUCAACAAUAAAAUUAUUGUAAUACUACAAAAUAUAAAACGACUAUGCUCAUAGAUAUACCAGAGUGUAAAAGAUGCGCGUUUUGCUUUCCCUUACGAUAUGGAAUCCUUAUUUUCGGUUACUUAAGUUUGAUUUUUUCAAUACUAGUUAUAUGUCUCGAGUUAUGGCUUGGUUAUGGUAGUUCCGUAACUGAACCUACCAUGUCUAUAUACCGUGGAGUGGGCCUGUACACACAGAUGUGGUUUCCAAUACUGUUAUAUAUUCUUGAAGUUAUUUUCAACAUCAUAUUAUUAAUUGGAGCUCAUAUGAAAAUAAACGAAUUUAAUACGAGCGUAUUAUUAUUACGGUAUAACAACGACUUUAGCUGCGUUUGUCACGUUCAUUAUUGUCAGACAUCGUCAUUCCCAAUACUGGACCUUCGACAUGUUCGAUAUGAGCUUCACUUUUUGUGGACUUGUGAUACAAAUAUAUUUGUUACUACUCAUUCGUAGUGAAUUAAAUAAACUACGAUAUCAAGAUGGAGUGACAUUUGUGAAUCGUUUAGCUGAGGUCACCGUGGAUCGAACACCAUGGAGAGAAGAGAGAAAUCCGUUGUUAAUUUGAAAAGACUGAGUGGUUAAAAUAUUAAUAUAUAUAAACAAAAAAAACAAAUUUACAUCCUUGUACACAAUAAAAUCAAACUAUUCCAAAUUUAAUUAAAAAAAAAUAACUGGGAUAUUUCAUAACAAAAGGCAUGAGUGGAUAAAAUCUGAAUGAUAUAUUUUUACAAAAUUUGUAAACAUAUAUCGACAUGUUUAGAUGAAUCGGCACGAACGUCACAUGAUAGUCAGAAGUGGGCGUAAAAUGUAUCAAAAAUUUACACCGACUUCAAAAAGAAAGGAGGUUCUCAAUUCGGUUAUAUAUUUUUUAUAUUUGUUACCUCAUAACUUCGUCACUUACAAACCGAUUUGAAAAAUUCCUUUUAAUAUCGAAAUCAGGUGAAACCUGAAAGAAUUUACUUCUGAAAGAAUUUACAAAUUGGUUCCAUAGAAAUUUUAUCAAAAUCGAUUUAGUAGCUUAGUUUGUAAACCAAAAUAGCUGGUUUUGCUAUUUUCAGUUAGUUUUUUUGUGGAAUCCAAUCUUAACAGACUUUGAAUGGGUGUUUAAGAUUUUUUAUAUAUCAAUAGAUAAAAUGUUUUACGUAAAUUUAUGAUUUACGAUUAAUUACGCAUAAUCUUCGAUGCAACUGUACCUACUAGUGUGUUAAUAUUACGCUCUCAUUUCCAUUUGUAUUAACGGCAGAUUAUGCGAAAUGAACCUUAUUACGAUACGCGUAAUGUAGCUUUUUAAUUUUCCUGUUACACUAUUAUCAUAUUGCGUUAAGUAGGUUCAUUUCUGCUUUUUCUAAGUAUGCAUACCUAAAGAAUUAAUUGACAAAGUAAUAUGUUAGUACAUUAUUUAUUAUUCAUGCAACUCUCGCAUUAACAAAAUGGUUAAUGUAAAAUGAUACUUUUGUUAUUCAUAGGUACACAUUGAUAUUUUUUUUUUAUUUAUUAUUGAUUGUUUUUAAAUAAAAAUUAUUUUGAUUUACUAAGAGUACUCUUUGUUACAGUUCCCAUUAAUUAAUAUUAUAUAUCCAAAAAUUUCUAACGAUGGAUGAAUGAAUGUUUGUUUGUUAUAAAUUCUUUUUUAUUUUAUAUUCUUUAUUAUUUAUUGUUGUAUUUUUUUUUUAUUUGAAAGGAUAUGCUUUCAGAUUGGUCUCAUAAAGAUUUUAUUAAAAUCGGUUUACUAGUUUAGUUUUUGAAUUACUGGUUUUUCCACUAUUAAAGUAAAUUUUUUAUCCAUUAUCACAUUAUC